GCCGUCUGACGCCACAAUGUUAGCGUUUAUCACACUCGUUUAGGAGAGGCAGUCUGCAAGGGAGCGACGAGUGCUUCACAUUCUCCGCUUUGCCUGGACCGCAACAAAGGAUUUCACGUAGAACAACGAAGCAUUUGAUAUCCUAUAGUUUCAGAGUGGUAAUAAUUGUGAGACUUUUAAGAAAAGAAUCUGGGUGUGGAAAAAAUGGCUAAGAUCCUCCUGCUUUUGUCCUUGGUCCUUCCAUUUAUUGAUGCCCAAACAGUUCACUGGGGCCCUUGUCCAACACCAAUGGUCCAACCCAACUUUGACCUCAACAAGUACAUUGGGAAGUGGUAUGAAAUUGAAAAGCUCCCUGCAAGGUUUGAGAGAGGAACAUGUAUUGAAGCUAACUAUGCUAUAAGAGCUGACCAUACAAUCCAAGUGCUGAAUUUGCAGAACUAUAAAGGAAAGGUGAGGAGCGCAGAGGGAACUGCUGUUAUACAGGACACCAGGGAGCCUGCAAAGCUUGGAGUCAGCUUUUCUUACUUUACUCCCUACAGUCCAUACUGGAUCCUGUCUACAGACUACACUAGUGUUGCUGUGAUCUACUCUUGCACUGAUGUCAUGAGGGUCUUUCACAUAGACUAUGCCUGGAUUCUUGGCCGCUCACGCAUCCUACCAGCUGAGACCGUGUUCCGUGCCAAGGAACUUUUCUUCCGUGACAACAUUGACAUAAGCAACAUGAAGGCAACAGACCAGAGCAAUUGUGAUCAACUGUGAUCUUGGAACUGAAUCUGUUUUUAAAGGUGUAGGUUUUUGAACAUUCUAAGUUCCGCAACAAUUGAAGGUUCUAAAAUUCUAUGUUGAAUUCAAUGAACCCAGAUAUUCUUUAGAACGUUAAUUUCCCGGUGUGACGGUACUCCUUUAAGGGUUAAAUGUGUGAUCUUGGUUGCUAUUCUAGAAUGUAAGUGGGCAAAUCCACUCAAAUCUGUCAUGCCCCUAACGCCAACGCAAUGCCAUGGUAUGGUAUGAUGUGAAUGAUGAUUACUUGAAAUUUGAGCAUUCACUCUUCUUGGUUGUAGAACUUACAUGAAAAACUUUUCACAUAAUUAUUCGCAUCAUACAAAUACCAUGGCAUUUAGUUGCCAUUAUGGACGUGACAGUUUUGCGUGAAAUUGCCCUGUUGAUGGUGACUGGUAUAUGCUUAGGCCAAUCUCUUUCUUGUAUAGCCCCCAUUUACAGGAGAUUUCUUGUAGCUUAUUCAGUGGAGAUGUUUAUUUUUUGUCUUAAAUGAUCAAAUGUCAUAUCAAGAAGAUAAAAAGAGGGUGGACCUACUUUAUUUCUGAAAUAGAUAGAUUAAUAGAUUUGUUUAACCAUAUUGAAAUUAAAGAAUCUGAGCAUAACACAAGAAUUGUGUAUUUUUGAAUGCCCCCUGUUGUAUGUUGGGGGUAAUGACAUUUAGUAAAGAGUAAAGUGCCACCACUAGCAUGUAAAAUACCCAGAGAAAACAAUAUCUACAUUUUGGGUAGUUGUGACUUUAGUGGUUAAAUAUAUGCAACACACAAAGUGUACAGUGGUUGUGAAGUUGGUAACUCAGGGGACGACGGGGGACAGACUCAUGCAGGGGUGAUCUUAGUUGAAGAACGGGAAAAGUGCACAUUAGGUGUAUUUUACUGGGGCAAUGGGACAUACUUUACUUUAGGAAUAAACAUGUAUAUCAAGUACUUAAGCAAUCAAAUGUGGGGAAAGUGUAGAUACUGGGACACGGGAAUGCAAAGCUUGAUCAGGAUCAAAAAUUCUCACCACUCUUUUACAUAUUGUUAACUUUGAGCACUGUAUGAAAUUAUAUAAGAAACUGAACUAAAAUUAAAAAGAUUAUUUUAA